GCUUGUGAUGAAAGGAAGCUGACAAGCAUGUCCAGUUUCUCACACUGCACUCCAGGGACAACCCAUCUCACUUUCUGAAUGGUUCUUUGAAUGCGGAGUGGUCCAAUCACUGAAGCUUGGCUGCACUUGAUUACAAAAUCCAUAAACGACAGCCACCCCAUGAGAUGAGGCUACUUUGCAUCUUGGUUUUACUACUUUGCCUUUACGGCCCGCAAGGAGCAGAGGGUAAGAAGGAGAAUGGAAACAAGCAGCAAGACAAGGGCAAAAACAAAUCCAUCCCCAGCUCAGGAGAGCUUAGAACCAAGGACAACCAUAGGUGUACCUGGGAGACCUCUGGAGAAGGGGAAGUCAGCCUCCUGCUUAACUGUGUCGAGGAAGACAAGACCUACUGGUGCAGGUUCACUGGCCAGCCAGAGCUUUGCUCCAAUUACAACAGCAAGUCCAGCCUGUAUUGGAAGCAGGUGGUGGGGAAGGUUAAGAAGAAGAAGAAUGCCUGUGACGGGGACAGAGUCCUUAAAACACGUAUCUGUAAAAAGGGCCCAGCAGAGUCCCACAUGAAGCUCUCCGAAAAGAGUGGUCCAGCAGGGGAGGCUCCAGAAAAGGGUAAAGGGAAAGGCAGUAGAAAAAAGGACUCUGACCCUGAGUCAAGCGACAAGAAGAAAGAGAAGAAACCCCAGGAAUUGGAGAAGGAUGAUUUCAGGGAGGUGAAUGAUGGAAACUCAGAGUCUGAGGAGCCGGUAGAAAACUACUGUGCUGAUAACUGGCAUUCAGUCUGUUCAUUUUUGGUCAAAUUCUUUGAUGGCUAAAACAAAGCUGAACACUUAUACCAACUCUUCCACAUGUGCUCAGUCUCUUUUCUUUGUCUUUGCUAAGUAAGAAAUAUUCUUGAUUUUUUAUCUUUUUUUUAUAUAAUUGUCAGAAUUAGAUUUAUUUAUGUUGGACUGAUUCCUAAUAAAACUGAUAUCCUUUUAAAACAAAUAAAAAAGAAAUAUUUACCUCAUGUGAAUUUUUAAUUCUUCUUUUGUUGUUUCUUAA